AUGACAACCAAAGUCGUACCGAUUUCUUUAGAGGACGCUCUCAAGAAUGGCUUACGUGCCGGCACGACGACAAAAACAAAGUCUUUCGACUUCUUCGACAUGCUCGGCACCGCGGGCUGCCAACUGGACUGUGCAGACUACGCAUCGAGACAAAAGCUUUCUCCAGAUACUAUUAAGCAAUCGAGAGCAUCGCACGAGGAGAUCCUGUUGCCCUCAACUGUCAUUCGAUGGACCGUCAGACAUAGCGGCACCCUGGAGCUGGCCGCGCCUGAUGGCAACGGGUACUACCUGCGGCUUCUCAACCUUGCCGGAUCUGUCAACAUUUUCCGUCGGUUCCAAACCACGAACGGCUUGGUGGGCGACACAGCCUCGCCUAUCAGUUUUCAAAGAGUGCAGAACUGGCUCAGCGACUGCGAGACGGGCCACGAAAAAUGCGGCAAAGGCCCCAACACGAAACUCCCAACAAGGCUCGUCGACGUGGCACAACCUGGAGACCGGGCCGGCGUCCGACUAGUUGAGACAACUGCUGGUCAAACCGGCACCUACGUAUGCCUCAGCCAUUGCUGGGGGAAGAUCAGAAUCAAGUCCAUGACACAGAGGGAUAACCUCAAGAGAAGACUCAAUCUCAUACCGUGGUGCCUGCUCCCGCCGAGCUUCCAGCAAGCGAUAGAGAUCACGAGGAAACUCGGCAUUCGUUAUCUCUGGAUCGAUUCGCUCUGUAUCAUCCAGGACGACAAGGGCGACUGGGAAAAGGAAGCUGCGCAGAUGGUCAACGUCUACCGCAACUCGUACGCGACCAUCGCCGUCAGCUGGUCUCACAAUUCUCAAGGCGGGUGUUACUCACGGACAAUACCUUCGUCCUUCUUCACGAUCGCAAACGCCGAUGGAGACGACUUCACCAUCGGGCUCGGAAUCGGUGCCAAGCGAGACAACAUGUCAGAAUAUGACCGGGUCCAAGCGUAUCUCCCCCUCUUCAACAGGGCGUGGUGUCUCCAAGAACGUCUCCUUUCGCGCCGGAUCAUCCACUGCAACUACGGAGAGAUGGCCUUCGACUGUGGAAACGGCUACUCCUGCGAGUGUGGAGGGAAACAACACUACAGUUGGCACAACGUCAUCGACCUCUCGGGUACAUACACGCCUCUCCGUUCCCGUUCAAAGUAUCUGGCGCUGCUCAACAACCACGCGACGGCGUCGUCUACCGCCAUCGUCACAAAGGACGGCAAGAUCGAUCCCUACGAGCGGUGGCACCGCGUGGUCAGCGAGUACACGUGCCUCAACCUCACAAAGACGAGCGACAUGCUGCCCGCGCUCUCUGGGUUGGCACAUGAAACGGCAGAGCUGCUGGACGACAAGUUCCUCGCCGGCCUUUGGAGCAACAAUAUCGAGCAGGACUUGAUGUGGCGCGUCGUCACGGUCGCCGACUGGAGGCACCAGAGGGAGACCAUCCUAAAGCGAGGCUGGAUAGCUCCGUCCUGGUCGUGGGCCUCGACGGGAAGCGGCUGCAAAGUGGGCUUCCCCGUCUUCCACGGCGCCGAGGUUUUGGACUACAAGACGCCCGGUAUAGCCAAGUCCGCCAAGGUAACGUGCCAUCCUGCGGGUGCGGAUCCGUUCGGGUCCGUCUGCUAUGGACUCCUCCGAGUCACGGCGAAGCGGCUGCCCAUCCUGAUCCAGAGACCAUGCUCGCGGUGGGACGUGAAGAGACGAUGGACAAACAGGAUUUAUGGAAGGUUUCUGCUCUACGCUCGCGAGGACCAGCGCGAGUGGCAGGACUGUGUCCCGGCAACCGGAGAGGAACCUCUCGAGUUUGGGCCCGUCAGGUCAGAGCUUUGGGUCGAUCCCUCGGUCGAGCGGAUGGACCGCUGCUUUGUCCGUAACGACGAUCCGGCCGCUCCCCUGGGACCAUGCAGGCACUGCGUUUUCCUCCCAGCCGAACUGUUGUACGUCAAGGGGCUCAAGACGGACAAGGGGGCGCUCUCGACCCGCACACGUGAUUUCUUCCUGGCUGUCGCUAGAGAUGCGACGAGUAGUUACAUCCGUGUGGGGAUGCUGGAAGUCAUCUGUGGCAGCCGGGAUGAGAGGAAUACAUGGUUUGAACGCGUGUGGGAGGCGCUAGUUGUGCCAGAAGCAUCAAUCACGAUCUUCUAG